GUGACAUGUUGAUCAGGCCCUGGGUGCAACACUAGAUCCCUGGAACUAAUUCUGUGUAACUGUUGCCAACCCUAGCUAUUUUGGUAGUCGCGGAAUUGCCGCAACCAUCAUUUAGCGCCUAACAAUACAUGUAACCAAGAUCAUAGUCAGAUCGAUUGCUAAGGCCACCUGGGGCGUAGGCGUCCCGUAGUAAGGGAAGGGGAGCACCUGUACGCGUCAACGCAUAGCCGGCCGUGCGAUGGUGCAAGUAUCCUCCAGCCAUGGCAAGGAGAAGGACAAGGGGCGGAUGGUUAUCGAUGCAACUGCGGGCGCCAUUGCGGGUUGCAUUGCACGCGUCAUUACGGGACCGCUGGAUGUCAUCAAAAUCCGGUUUCAGGUCCAAUUGGAACCUAUUGUGGGCUUAUCCGAAUCCGCCAGCCUUCAUUCCAAGUAUACGGGCUUUCAGCAAGCUUUGACGACCAUUAUGCGCGAGGAGGGCCUGCCGGGUUUGUGGCGCGGAACGGUGCCCGGGCUGCUGCUAACAGUACCGUACACAGCAGUACAGUUCGUGGCGCUGCAACAAGUGCGACAAGCGGCCACCACCUACGGGCUUACAGCCAACCCCGGCGCCCUCCCGCUCAUCUCUCUGGCCAGUGGUGCGCUGGCGGGGGCGGCGGCCACGGUGGCAUCCUACCCCUUCGACCUGCUGCGGACAACGCUAGCGGCGCAGGGGGAACCAAAGGUGUACGGCAACAUGUGGGACGCGGCUCGCGGUAUCGUAUCCCAACGCGGCGCUGCCGGGCUGUACUGCGGCCUAGGCGUAACGCUCUUAGAGAUCAUGCCGUACGCGGCCCUGCAGUUCGGGCUGUACGACGCUUUGAACGCAUUAGUAGAUGUGGGCAGGGUACGGCUGCAGCGAGAGGCAGCGCUGCGGGAGGCGGCAGCAGCGGCUGCUGUCAGCCGCAGUAGCGGCAGCCCGGCUGACGAAGAGGCACUAGAGGGUGAAGACGAGGAGACGGGGAACAAGCAGCAGCAGCGGCGACGGCGCGGCGGCAGUAGCAAGGCUCCCCGCACGCCCCGGCAGCAACCCCACCCCCACCACCAUCACAUCCCGGUUGAGGUGGGAGCGGAUGAGGAGAUGGACGCGGUGGCCGCAGCAGCCGCCAACCUCUCGUCGGAGGAAUCCGAGGAGGCGGCAGGUGUAAGCAAUGGUAAGGGUCUGGGUGUGCAGCACAGCCGUCUGCAGGCGUUCACGUGCGGGCUGCUGGCGGGGCUGCUGGCCAAGCUGGCGACCCACCCGCUGGAUGUGGCCAAGAAGCGGUACCAGGUGGCGGGGCUGCAGAGGUCGCUCAGGUACGGCGCACGCGUGGACGCUCGGUUCGCGAUGCGGUCUCUGGGUCAGAGCCUUGCGCACAUCUACCGCACGGAGGGCGUCAUGGGGCUGUGGAAGGGCAGCGUGCCGUCGAUCAUCAAGGCCGCCCCCUCCGCCGCCAUCACCUUCGCCGCCUACGACGCCGUGCUUGCCUGGCUGCUCGUGGUGUCCGGCGAGCAGCAGCAGGCGGCGCAGCAGGCGGCGCUGCAGGCGCAGCGACAGCAGGAGCAGCAGCAGCAGCAGGAGAAGCGGCCGUAGCGGUCAGCAGCAGGGUGUGGGGAUGUACGGUGUGUAUAGAUGUUAAGACUCGUCAUGCAGAGGACUCUGCAGUCAGAUGCC